AUGAAUGUCACAAGUAAUGGAUAUUACACUACGCAGUAUCUAAAUCAACACCAAAGACGCCCAAAUAAGCAUAUUCAAUCUGCAAAUGAGGAAGAGUAUCGGACCCCACGAACUCCGUAUGAGAAUCUCCAAUCUCAAUCCGCUCCAAAUCCAGAACGUCUGGAAAGAGCCCUCAUUAUGAGAAAUGUCCGACCUAAGCAAUACAUACACCUGGAUUCACUGACGUCAUCCCAAAGUAGCAACAAGAGCAGUACUAUACAGUCUCUACAAGUUGAGGUGGAUCCAGAGGAUCAGCUUGAAGAAGAGCCAACUCCAGCUGAACUAAAACAAAUUCACGAAGAAAGUAUUGUAAUCACGCCAGUCGAAACACAAAAGGACCAUCGGAAUAAGAAGGGUGAGCAUUUUCUACGUGGAAACAAAAACGACGAUUACUACUUGAAGCAGAAACAAAGGUAUGAUGAAGCUGAGGAAGUGAAGCCGAAAAUGUACACCCACAAGACAUUUCGCGAGGUCUUUAGUGAUAAGCAAGAGGAUAUGAAGAGAUACAAUCCAAUCGAUUGUGUUUUUGCCACAAGUGAGGACACUGUUGGACCUAACAAGCCCAUUGCCAAAGUAUCUGCUUUUUUAAAGAAUAUCAAAGUGAUCAAAAACGACUAUAAUGAUUAUAACUAUUACGAUCAUCGGAAAAGGAAAAGACCAGAUAGAGAAAUCUUUGUUGAUGAUGCUGGUGAUGAUGAUGAUGAUGACGACGACGACGAUGAUUAUGAAGAUCAGGGAACUGAAGAUGAGUCGGUAGUGGAAAAAGGAUGUCGUUUAGAAAACAAUGGAGCGAAAUCAAACAAAAAGAAAAGGACAUUCAAAUCAGUGUUGAAGAGAAAAAUGAACCGAGCCAAGAAGGAGUUGGGUAGAGACUUUGACUCUCAUAUCAAUGGCGCUUACGAGCACGACGUCUCCUCAACUGACCUGUUGACAUCCUCGACUAAGGAGGAAAUUGUGAAUCAGAAUCAGAAUCUGACAAAUGGAGCAAACAAUCAAGCCUCUGGCGAUGAGUUUGCAAUUACUUCAAUAAUUGCCCUGAGCUAUAAUUAUCUAUGGUCAUGGUACGAAUUUUACCAAAAUAGAUCUCCACAUAACCAACCACAGCAGUCGACCUCCAAUGACGACAAAGUCAUCGGUAUUACAACGAAAUCAGUCAAUGAUGCAACUUCCCAGAAACCCAAGGGCAAAAAAAGGGCACGAUUCGCCAACGGUUCAAAGCAACUCUUUACCAACUGGAACCAACCUGCCAAUCGCACAUUCAGAAAUGGAACCAAGGCAAAAAGGGGACCUCGAAUAAUUUACCCUAGAGGCAACGAUUCAUCUGUCUCAACUGCUCCCUCGAGUGAAUUCAUAGUCGAAUACGACUCAAGUGAAGAAGACUCAAUGACGCAAGAACUAUAUUACAAUCCCCAAACAAAACAGCUCGAAGCUGAACCCCCAACAUCAUCCCAAUCAAUGUUGACCACUUCCACUACAGCCACCACCACAAAAAAUAGACCAUCGUCGCCAUCGUUGGCCACAGUGAGCAAUUUGCUCAAUUUGAUCAAACGCAUCCAUAUCAUGCAGUUGAUAUUCACCCCCAUCGAUUUCAUAGCGGACCAUUUCCCACAAUUGCAAACAGUCAUCAUUGUGUUGGAGUUGGUGUUGUUUGUGUGGAUCUUGUAUGAGUUGAGCCGGUUGGUUGAUGCUUUGUGUAUGAUGGUGCGUGCAUUUUGUUCUCCCAUGAUUGCCAUGGGUCGAUUUAUGAAUAAAAUCAUGUGA